AUGCACCAAAUUGUUGAUGAUGAUGAUUGGUUGUCGUCUGAGUUACAAACAAUAUUCAAAGAAACAAAACAAUCAAACACACGCUUUGAGCUCAAGAGAGCUUUAGUUAGAUUUGAGAAGCGUCUUUCUAUGAAUUCUAGUCGUGAUUAUGUUUCUCCAAAAUUAAUCCUAAGUAAUGACAAUGAAUCCAAGGCUUGGAUAUCAUUUGGAAAAAUUUCACAAGGGGAGCUUUUGUUAGCAGAGAAACCAUUAUGUUGGGUCCUACCUAAAAUCCGAGACCCCACUAGAGAAUAUUCAUUUAUUCUAUGGAAAAAGUUGAUCCAAAAAUGUAAGGAUGAUAAAAAAUUGUUGAAGAAUUUGAAAAUGUUAUUUCCUCGUACGCAAACUGAUAUUAAAAGAAUUCGCCAAGAAUCUGAAAACUAUCAAAUACCUAUAAAAGAAAUCAAAGAUUACUUUGAAAGCAAUAUAGAAUUGGCUAGUCAAAUAAGAAUCAACGAAGCACUUAGAAUAUAUUUGGUUGUAAAGUACAAUCAAAUGUCAGUAAACAUGUUACCUGAACUUUGGAAAAAUCCAUUUAAGUGGUCAGAAAGGUUCUCAAUCAACUCUCUAUAUCUCAAAUCUUCAUAUUUUGAUCAUUCAUGUAGUCCAAAUGUUGCAAGAUUUUAUAUUGGAACUGUUGCAAUAUUUAAAGCAUUAAGGCCAAUUAAACACAAUGAGAUUUUAUCUAUAUGUUAUAUAGAAAAUGAAUACAUUCAAGACCCACUUUGGGUGAGAAAUAGUGAACUCAAUUUUUUCUGCAGAUGUAAAUUAUGUCAGAAAGAGGGUGGAUUUACACUUCAUGAACAAACGUCGAAAGUUUCUGAAAUUAAUAAGACAUCAAAAAAACUUAAUAAAAGAUGUUCAUUGUUAUCCAGAAAGUAUAUCUGUAUGCUUCAAGGUCUAGCUUUAGAAGAAAGGAUAUCAAUUAUUGAGGAUGUUCUAAAAGAGAGCUUUCUUCAAAAUGAUCAAACCAUUAUAUCCAAGGUUCCAAGACUUGUUGGUCUAGAUGCUUCAAAACUUAUUGGGUUUUUGAUACAUGAUUAUAUAAUAAUUAAAAAUUAUGAAAAAGCUCAAUUCUGGCUAAAUAUUAUGUAUAAAACUAAUCGUAUUAAAGAUGAAAAUAACAUCCCCAUAUUAAUUUUGCUUGGAAUGAUUUCAAAAGAUAUUGAAAUUCAAAAAAAAUACUUUCAAAGGGCUGUUAAAAUUUCAAAAACUGUUUUCGGAUCUCACAUCAAGUUUUUUAUGAAACGAUAUUGGCUAGAUAUUAAGUAUUUUGGUAAUAUCCUAUAUGAAAAUACGAGAAAAAAAGUCAGUUACUUGCGUCAUAUUUCACUAUUAAUUAGACAUAUUUUUUCUAAGAAAUAA